CAUUUUUUCCACAUUUUCUCAUGCUAAUCUCUCAACUCUUGGUAGCAUAUAUAUUUUCAGGAGUUAUAGUUUCAGUUUGAAUAAGAUAAUGGCCCCUAGCCUUUUGUCAGAUUUUGAAGUUGUAAAGAGGUUGGAAGGCAAAGUGGCACUGAUUACUGGUGCGGCUCAAGGUAUCGGCGCUUGCAUAGCUAGGGUUUUCGUCAACCAUGGAGCCAAAGUUGUCUGUGUUGAUAUCAACGCAGAAUUAGGUCAAUCUGUUUGUGAUAAAUUGGGUCUUCAAAAUGCAACUUUCAUCUAUGGUGACGUGACCAAUGAAGCGGACGUGGAAAAGGCGAUCAACAUGACGAUCCAGAAACAUGGGAAGCUGGAUAUCAUGAUCAACAAUGCCGGCAUCCUAGACGACCCGAAACCUAACAUCCUCGACAACGACCUCUCUGAUUUUGAACGUGUCAUGCGUGUGAAUGUCGCCGGGGUUUUCUUAGGCAUCAAACAUGCAGCUCGGGUGAUGAUCCCCGCGAGAAGUGGCACCAUCAUCAACUUGGGCAGCAUUUCGGGCACUCUUGGAGGAUUAACUUCUCAUGCAUAUUGCAGUUCUAAACAUGCUGUGGUUGGAUUGACUAAGAAUGCCGCUGCUGAGCUCGGGAAACAUGGGAUUAGGGUUAAUUGCUUGUCUUCUCACGCUCUUUACUCAGCGAUGACCCAAAAAUUUUUCGACUUCGAUGAAGAUGGAAAAACAAGAGCAAUCACAAGUCUUGAAGGCGUGGCUCUGCAGCAAGAAGAUCUGGCGGAUGCGGCGGUUUAUAUGGCGAGCGAUGAAGCAAGGUUCAUGAGCGGACAUGAUCUGAAGCUGGAUGGGGGUUUUACUGUCAUCAAUCCUUCAUUUGGGCUGUUUUCGAAAUCUUGAUAUGAUUGAGGACUGUAUGUUUGGUUGCCUUCGAAUAUGGCUUUUGUUUGCUGAAUUUGGAUUUACUUUUAAAGUUGAUGAAAUGCUGUGACAAUAUGCAUGUUAGUUAUUAAACAAAUUGAAUAAAAAAGAACCAAAUGGGCGCUUAAGAUGAGGUGCAUGCAUCUUGAGCACCUAGGAAAAAAGGCCAUAUGCAGAUAAUGACGAACCAUGAGGAACAUGCAAGUUUUAUUAUUCCCUACAAACUUCAUUGAAUUAAGUAAAACUGAAUGAAAAGUG